AUGUCUCAACUCAAAAUUCUCAUCUGCGGCGCCGGCAUCACAGGAAACGCACUCGCAUUCCAGCUCUCCAAGCUCGGACACUCAAUUACUGUGAUUGAACGCUUUUCCGGUCUCCGGUCAUCCGGACUCCAAGUCGACCUCCGCGGCCCCGGCCUUCAAGCCCUCCGACGAAUGGGCAUCGAGAAAGACUUUGGCCCCUAUUUAGUUCCUGAGCAAGGAUUCGAGCUUGUUGACCGAAAGGGCAAACAAUGGGGAUAUUUCCCAGUCAACACGUCUGGCAAGGGAUUGCAGGGUCUCGAAAUCAUGAGGGGUGAUCUAUGUCAGAUCCUCUACGAUUCCACUAAGGAGCGGGUUGAGUACCGGUUCGGGAUGUUUGUGAAGGAAAUUUCUCAAAAUGAGAAACACGCAGAAGUGCUUUUGUCUGAUGGCAGCCGGGAGCGGUUUGAUCUCGUUGUUGGUGCGGAUGGCGCCGGGUCUCACACUCGGAAGAUGAUCCUUGACAAGGGCGAGGUGGACCCGUUUCAUCCUCUUGGUGCUUGUGCGGGCUACUUUACUAUCAAACAGUCAGCUAAGCCCAACGAGGGAUAUAAUGCAACCGGAUUUAUUGCACCGGGAAAUCGUGGUAUCAUGACUCGUCGAGGUGAUCCUGACAAGUACCAGGCCUACAUGUUCUGCAAGCCCGAUGCCUCGGAACGUCUCAAGAACGCCAGGAAAGGCAACGUCCAAGACGAAAAGGAAGGCAUCGCAGAAGUUUUCCGCGGUGCUGGAUGGCGGACAGACGAGAUCCUCAAGGGUCUGGAUGACGCCAACGACUUCUAUUGUGAGCGCUUGGGCGUCGUCACGAUGGACCAUUGGUCUCGGGGCCGUGUUGUGCUGGUAGGAGAUGCGUGUUACUGUCCGAGUGCUAUGACGGGCAUUGGCACAACCUGCGGCAUUACUGGUGCUUACAUCCUAGCUGGCGAGAUUGGAGAACAUUGUAACUCGGACGGCUCCGUGGACAGUAUCACGGCUGCUUUGAUGCAAUAUGAAGAGAAGUUGCGACCAUUCAUAAAUACUGUCCAAAGAGGAUUGGCGGAAACCAAAGGAGACUACAUGGAUAAACUCCCGUCGUCGACGAUAGGGAUUCAGAUGGUCUACAUUCUCUUCUGGGUUGCCUCUGCCCUGAGGAUAGAUGUUAUUGCAAAAUUGGUUUUGCGCGAAGAUACCAAGGGUUGGAAACUUCCAGAGUAUAAGGAGACGGAUUGUGCGUCGAAUUAA